AGCACGCCUGCGAUCACGCGGUCGUCGGCUGACUGUGCUGUCCUGAUUCGCGGACCGACGGCGAGCCCCUCGCCGGGAUUGGCCGCGCCCGCGCGCGCUGCGUGAUCACGCACACCACACAGUGGGCCGUGGGGUCGGCGCGUCCUGGAGCUAGCACAGACCUGAGAAAGCUUCAUUGCGCCGCGAGACGCCCGCCCGGUUACAUUACGGACUCGUCGCUCCACUUUUGCCGAGGAGGGCUCGGCGUGUGUACUUGAUUCUUCUUUUUUUUUUUUUGUCGUCGACUUCGGAUUUCGACUUUUUCUUUUCCUGAGCCGCCCCCGUGUCACGGGUGCCUCAUCCUACGCGAAUAUGGACACGAACCAGGCACCUCUUUCGCCGCCGGCCUCGCCCCAGCUUAAACACAUAGAACCGUUGCAGUUGUCGUUCAGCGUCGCGGCCUUGCUGGGGGAGAAGCUCUCAGGGGGUCAGUCGGUGAAAAACAAACGGAAAGACGAGGAGAACGCAGGCUCCCACCCCAUGCUACCGCCCACCCCCCAACCCUCCGAUUCAGAGGAGGACGAGCCGCCGCAAAAGCGGCGAUGCGUCGAGCAAUGCGAGCUGGCGAAGCUGUUGCUAGACGGCACGCCGCCACCAAGUCCGGAACCAGCCCGGGUCUCAGUGAUAAUGCGCGCCAAUCGGGACGGCACUUGCAGUCCGGCUAAUUUCGCGUCGAGUCUUACGAGCAGCGGCCAGCCGGCGGUGCCGUACGACUCGCCCGCGCGACCGCCGUCCAGUCCACGCGUGAACGCGCGAGCGAACGCGACGGAGCGUCCGGUGGAGGACGUGUUGCGCAACCUGAAGUUCAAAAUGAGCCUACGCAAGGAGCAGAUCAUCGUAAACAGCAAGAACACCGACCGUGAGAUCUAUCAGCAGCAGCAGCAGCAGCAGCAGCAGCAGCAACAGCAACAGUUACCGAGAUUACAACCUCUGGCGCCGAAACCGGCACCUAUUGUGGUGACGGGCUUGGUCUUACCACGGACACCUCUUCUGCUGGUCGCCAGCGCGACGCCGACGACGGCCACCGCGACGACCACAACGAGCACGGCGACGGAGACGCGUCGUCGCGUCUACGAGUGCGAGCAUCCCGGCUGCGGCAAGAACUACUUCAAGUCGUCGCACCUGAAGGCGCACACUCGCACUCACACCGGCGAGCGGCCGUUCCCGUGCCCUUACGAGGACUGCAGCCGCCGCUUCUCGCGCAGCGACGAGCUGUCGCGGCAUAAACGCACACACACCGGCGAGAAGAAGUUCGCUUGCGCCGUCUGCCAAAGGCGAUUCAUGCGUAGCGAUCACCUGGCGAAGCACGUGAAGCGCCACGCCAGAGAUAAGUCAUCCGCGUCGUCCGCCUGCAACAGUCCGAUCGCCGCCUCCCACGUGGCCUCGGUGCCUCUGAGAGUGAGCCUCUUGCCGGUGCUGGCGCCGCGAUUGCCGCGACCGGUCCAGCAACUGGUGCCGCCGCAGCUGGCGGCUUGAAGGAUCGCGAUCGCGACCGAUGGCGUCGCCGAAAGAACUUGUACACGCUGAUGUAUUCGCGUGUGUGCCUUAAUCAGAAUGCUGGAUCGCUCCCGGCAUGUGACGAGCUGGAGACGAAGAGUAUCGUCUGAACAAAAAGACCAGGAUGAUUCGAUCAAAUGCGAUAUGACGUGGUCUUUGCCGAUGAAGCGGUACUGAAAGGACGAACGACGACGGUAAAGGAUUAAUCCGGGUGUUUGUGAAGAGGAUUCGAUGGUUUCAAAAUGGGAUUGCCGGAUUAUGGAAGAUGAGCGGGGACGAAGAGUCCGUACUUAAAGAGACGAAGCGGAGACACGGAGGCGCCGUCGUGCAGAGGUCCUCGACUCGCCGUCCGCAAAUCGAGUACCUAAGUGCGAGCUGUGAUCUGUGACACGUGAAGGCUAGUGGUACCGUUUUAGUACGAGAGCUUUGCCGUCUCGAGAGCUGCUUGGCGCGGGUCCGUGUUUGUAGCGCGCGUUCAGCGCCAAACGUGACCUCGUGCAUUCUUCGGCGCGGAGCGUUCAUGCAACGUGAUCGCCGUGUUAAAGAAAUCGAACUCCGAUAUCGGAUAGUCGCGUUCAACGCGAGACAUGGAAACGGAUAUUCUGCAUUUCCAAGGGCACCAUUUCAAACUAUUCGGUUCUUCGCUGGUCGGAGAUACACUUUGCGGAUAAUACAAAAAUCUAAGAAAUGUCGCGAAGAAAACAUUGCAUAAUUUUGUUGGCUAUUCUUUUUUUUUUUAGAUUUUUGCAUUGUUCGGCGUAUUAUCGAUAAGUAGCGCUCUCAAGCUUACACCAAAUUCAAGCGCACCAACCGCAGAAGGGGAGGAAAAAAUAUUUAUUUAUGAAGAAUAAUCUUACGACUUAUGUAUAUAACAAGUUGUAUAUAGGUUUCUAAAAUCGCGACGAUUGAACGUACAUAUUUAAUAAUGCCGGGGCGGGCGCAACGGAUGCAAAAUUAUGGAGGUUUCGUCAUUGAUAUCUCUGUCGAUGCCAACGCAUUAUAAUGCAAAUCACUAUUUUUCUACGCUCCUUCGUUACUCGCGAUAUUAUUUUUUUUCUUCUUCCAGAGUUUAUUUAACGUUUUCUAUAUCGCGUCCGCACGAUUGUUGGUAAUUUGUAAAAUAUAUCUGCACCGCCCCCAAAAGUUAUGUACAUAUUUAUAUGUUUAUGUACCACGGUCGGAUGAAGAAGCUUCAUUCGGCGUCAUAAGACUUUGAUGUAUCGUUAAAGAUUUUUCUACGAUUAAAUAAAUUGUAUACUUUCGUAAAUUAUUA